UUUAAUGCAAGUGAGAACUAGCUGAACUUCACUUUUGUUUUCACACCUGAAACACCCGCCAUUAUUACGGGGAUUUUUCCUUUUUCUAAGCCUUUCCUACCGGGCUUGGCUGGCUCGCUGGAUUGACUUCUGCUCCUUCCAAGUUGUUUACACUUGGGUUUCUCUAUUUUCCAACUCUUAAGCAGUUGCUGCAGUGUCUUUCCAGUGGAGAGGAGAGAGAUAGGAUUUCAAGCUUUUGAAUUCAUGGGUUCGUGCUUCAGUGUUAGAAUCAAAGCCGAGAGCCCUCCUCACAAUGGUGCGAAUUCAACAUAUGGUAGAAAGGAAGGGAUUGAUUUGAGCUGUUUAAGCAGUAAGUUCUCACCUGUCUCAGUGCCUUCAACGCCUCGGACAGAGGGUGAGAUCUUGCAGUCCUCCAAUUUGAAAAUCUUCUCCUAUAAUGAACUCAAAACAGCCACCAGGAACUUCCGUCCUGAUAGUGUGGUGGGUGAAGGCGGUUUCGGUUGUGUCUUUAAAGGGUGGGUCGAUGAGCAUUCAUUUGCGCCUGCCAAGCCUGGAACCGGCAUGGUUAUCGCCGCAAAGAGGCUUAAUCAAGAAGGUUUCCAGGGUCACAAGGAAUGGUUGGCAGAAAUCAACUACCUGGGGGGGCUGGAUCAUCCUAAUCUGGUGAAAUUGAUUGGUUACUGCUUAGAGGAUGACCAACGACUUCUAGUGUAUGAAUUUAUGCCUAAGGGCAGCUUGGACAAUCAUCUGUUUAGGAGGGCUUCUUAUGUUCAACCGCUUUCUUGGAACCACCGUAUGAUGAUUGCACUUGGUGCUGCUAAGGGUAUAGCAUUUCUUCACAGUGACGAAGUAAAAGUGAUAUAUCGGGACAUCAAAACGUCGAAUAUCCUGCUAGAUAGCAACUAUAAUGUAAAGCUCUCAGAUUUUGGGUUGGCCAAGGAUGGGCCUACAGGUGACAGAAGCCAUGUCUCUACAAGGGUCAUGGGUACCUACGGGUAUGCAGCUCCUGAGUAUAUGGCUACAGGUCAUUUAACGGCCAGAAGUGAUGUCUACAGUUUUGGGGUUGUUCUCCUAGAGAUGUUAUCCGGCAAACGAGCCGUGGACAACAACAGGCCACCAAGAGAACACAAUUUAGUUAGUUGGCUUAAGCCUUACCUUACCAGCAAACGAAAAGUUCUCAAAGUUUUUGAUUCUCGAAUCGAAGGCCAGUACUCAUUGAGUGCAGCCCUGAAAGCAGCCUACCUUGCAAGUCGAUGCUUAGCAGUAGAACCCAAGUUGAGACCAAACAUGGACGAGGUGGUAAGAAUGUUGGAGCAGCUUCAGGACUCAGAAGACAAUGGGGACUCUCCAAAUUCAGGCAAUGGAACUCGCAUUGAAAAAGCUGCUUCUUAUCCCGGCACACCUGCUUCUCACUUACAUACAUGAAGGGAGAAUAAAAAAAGAUUUGACGCAUGCUUUAUUCAUAUUUAUGCAAUCUAUGAAGAAGAAGAAGAAGAAUAAAUGGAUGGUUUACUGGAUGAACAUUGUAUCUUGUGCUCAGAGUAUGCAUUACCAUUGUAGAUUACUGUACAGUUCUGUUAAUGGUUUCAGAAAAUCCGUCUUUGAAUCGUUUUCUUGUUGCGUCUGAAAUAUGAUAAACAUGAGAAAAGAAGCCUUUGCAGUUUGCAACA